GCCUGAGGUCCUCCUCUUCCUCACUUUGCGCUGAGCUUCAUCCAUCCAUCCAUCCUUCCAGCGGCCUCAGGCUCUGAUCCAUCUGGUGACAGGGGAACCCAACAGGGAGCACAUUAGAACAUUAGAACAUCAUGGCCUUCAGCGGAACAUGGCAGGUCUACGUGCAGGAGAACUAUGAGGAUUUCCUCAGAGCUAUCUCUCUCCCUGAGGAUGUAAUCAAGAUGGCCAAGGACAUCAAGCCGGUGACGGAGAUCAAGCAGACGGGGAACAGCUUCACCAUCACCUCAAAGACGCCUCACCAGUCCGUCACCAACUCCUUCACCAUCGGCAAGGAGGCCGAUAUCACCACCAUGGACGGCAAGAAGCUCAAGUGCACUGUCCAGCUGGACGGAGGGAAGCUGAUCUGCAAGACAGACAAGUUCUCUCAUAUCCAAGAGAUUGUAGGAGGAGAGAUGGUUGAGACCAUGACGGUAGGAGGCGCAACGAUGGUCAGGAAGAGCAAAAAAGUAUGAGCGGGGCCAACACAACAAGAUAUUUAAAUAAACUUUGUCAUACCAACCACACACAAACAAA